AUGUCUCGGAAUACGUCUAAUUGGGAUGACUUAUCGGUGCAGUCAGUGCCAGACACAAUCGUAGUUACACCUGUUCACUUACCGCCUCAACUCGCCAACGAUGAACAACUCGGAUCUCGACGAGAAUGCGAAAAGUGGCUGUUGAUCAACUAUGAUCGAUCAGAAGCAAAAUCAGCUCAAGAGCUUCUCUUCGAGGCUGCCUCGGAGGAAGAUCUGAAAGAAUAUCCAAAAAAAUGGAAUCUAUUUAUGGGUGUAGUCGUAGACGAAAAGAUUUCAGACAGUAAGUUGAAGAAAAUGAUCAGUACUCUCGAUGACGAAAAACAAUGGGCAGCUCUUCAUUAUGCUGUUGACUGUAAUAAUGAGGAGUUAUGUCGUAAAUUAACAUCCAAAAAAAAGAAAUAUUCUAAAUGCGAUAUUAACAUUCUCGGUGGUAAUGGUGAAAAUGUUUUACAUGUAGUAUCUCAAUCGAAUUGUAUAUGGCAAGGUAUAGGAGAUGGAAGCAUUACAAAGUUUCCUGAUCUGAUCAGAUUCCUUGUUGAAGAACGUGGUGCCGAUGUCAAUCAUGCAGAUGAUGAAGGUCGCACCCCAUUGCAUAUGGCUGCAAUGCGAGGUCGACUUCGCUAUAUCAAGUAUUUGAUUCAUCAUGGAGCCAAAGUUGAUGUAUUAAGCAAAUUCAACGCAAGUGUACUGCAUUUUGCUGUGUUUCCUGUUAAUCCGAUAAAUGCAGAACAACUUUAUUCUCUAGUGGAAUAUAUAACGAAUGAACCAUUAGCGAAAGAGAAAGAUUUUUUCAAUCUUUGCACGCUAGACAACAGAACACCUCUUGUCUUUUUAGCAGCUCAUCCAGCGAUUACACGUCCAUCAUCAAUCGAUCAGAAGGAAGGACAACAAAUAUUCAAGUAUGCUCUCAUGAAAAUAUUUAUUGACACAACAAAAGAUAAAACACAAAUUCUGAUCGUAUUUGACAUGGUUGCUCGACGUAGACAAUGUCAGCCGUUUGAUCAUUUAGAACACCUUUUCGAAAUAUCUUCGCCUGAAAUUAAAGAACAAAUAAUUCAUCUUGCGUGUCGUUACGACAAUGUAGCUCUUCUUCGAUGGCUUAUAAAUAGACCAGCACCAAAAGGAUACACCAGCAAGAUUAACUGCGCUGAGUAUACACCAUUACUGACAGCGAUAUUUUACAACUCAAUCGCCUGUGUUCAAGAAUUGAUCAAAAACAUAGACGGUGAGCAUCAAUUACCUCUACUGACAGUUGGAGCUGUAGAACAGGAUAAUAUCUUGCAUAUUUGUGCUAAGCGUCAAGUGUCAUCUGAUAUUCUCAAUAUAAUCAUCGGCAAACUCUCUGAUAAAAACAUCAAAAAGUUAAUGGAAACACAAGAUAGCAAUGGUAACCUUCCAUUGCAUUUAGUGGCUCAGAUAUAUACUAAAAAAGAACUAGAAAUUUGGAAAAAACUAAUCAAUGAAAAUAUUUCACUAAUACUCGACUUCUUAUCUAUUAAAAAUCGUCGAGGCACAACAGUGGCUCACGAAGCGAGUGAACAGGGAAAUGUUCAUAUCCUUGAAUUAAUGUGGGAACUGAUCCCGCCAGACGAUCGAUACGAUCGUAUGAAAGGAUUGUAUGUAACAACCAACAAUAACAGAUUUACUUGUUUACAUAUAGCGGCUAAGAAUGGAGGCAUUAAAGAACUUGAAGUGCUCAAAUAUUUGAUUGAAACUGUGCGUAUAGAAGUUGAUGCCAUUGGUGACCGGCGACUCACUCCGCUCCAUAUUGCUUGUGAAUUUGGACAUCUUGAUGUAGUCGAGUAUCUGAUCGAGAAGGGGGCCUCAACAACAAUACGUAACGCACAACUUUUGAAUUGUCUCGAAAUUUGUAUUCAAAAGCAGCACGUGGAAAUAGUCAAAUAUCUUUUACAGCGUUCCAACUGGCAAGAAAUGAUGCGCAAUGCACAACCCAUCGAAGGCACCGAUGCUUAUGAUACACCAAUGCGAAAACUUAUUCGUUACAUGCCUGAUGUAGCUCUUUGGACAAUAGAAGAAAAACUAACACGAAAAGUUGGUGGUGCAGGUCAAAAAGUAUCCCAGGAGAUCUACGAUUAUGAAUUCUAUGAAGAUAUGUAUACAGUCAAAGAGUGGUAUAAACAAGGUCUCGCCGUUGGUGAAAUUCCAACUUUAAUGGAUGAAGGUACUCGUUGGCGCAAUCAGAUGCUCUACAAUUUUGUGUCAGAUGGUGAAAUCCUACGUUUACAGUUUCAUCGAUUCAUAAAAUUUGUAUGUUGUUGCAAAUAUUGGAAUAGAAAAUCACGUAUGUCUUCUCAACCUGUUGCCUUGUUAACAUUUGAUCAAAGAGCACAUGGUUGCUGUCAAAAAGCAUGGCACUACACGAAGAACCAUUUCUUCGACGAAAAAAUUCAGGACGAUAUCAAACUCAAAAUAACAUCAAACGACGAUGACUGA